AUGGCGUCCCUAUCCCCCGCCGAAGCUCUCGAAAAGAUUCAAGACCUCCAAAAAGGACAAGGCGUCGAAUCAAACACACUCGCAAUCUUGCGCAUAAGCGAGCCUAUAACGUCCUCAUUACAUGUUGACGGAAUACCGAAAUCGCCUUCAAAACGCGCUUCAGACGCAUCCAUAGUCUCCGACGAGAAUCCGACGCCUGCUUCGUUGGAGGCUGAUUUGACGCAUUACAAGGAACUAUUUUCGAAACUCCGCUUCUCAUACCUGGAACAAGUCACAAAAGAGAAAUUUCUACGCGGGAUAGUCGGUGAUCCGCCACUGGUCGUCGGUCAUAAUGAAAAUAUCGAAUUGGAAGCGACAUUGGCAGAGGCAAAACAGCAAUUACAAGAGCGCAAGGAGGAAGUGAGGGUAAUGGUGGAAGAAAUGGAGAAGACUGGAAGGGAAUUGGCCAGAAGAUAUAAAAACGUCCAAAUCGAAACGACAAAACUAUCGGAAUUACCACAAGAAAUCGCACAAUUGGAGCAGACAAUCGCUUCUCUAAAACAAUCCCAAGCGGCAUAUGCAGCAGCCUCGGACCCUGACAGCACAUCCUCUUCACAAAAUCUCUCAUUACCGGCGACCCUGAAACUUCUAGCGGAGCGCGAAGCGGAGUUGGCAGCGAUAGAUAGACAAAUGGCCUCUCUACAAAACACCUUACCGCGAAAGACGCGCGAGGCAGAAGCGAUGGAGAGAGAACUUGGGGUUUUGGAACGGAGAAAGUCCGAGGCGAUAGGGCAAGCGCGAGAAGCGGAGAGGAAGAAACUUGGGGGCGAAAGUGAUGGGUUGGAAGAGAUGGGGAGAUGGUAUCGGGGUGCAGAGGCUACAUUGAAGAAAUUGGUUGAUGUCGAGAAUUGA